UCCCGUCCAUCGACGUGGUCCUACUGUAGUGUUGUGUCUCUUGUUGCCACUAGCCUGUAGGCCGACGGCACUUGGGCACAUCCCCAAAUCCCUCUUUGGAUACGCGAUAGAAUUGAUAUUUUUAAAUAAGAGAGUUAGUAUUAAAGUGUCAGGAUCAGCGAUCAAAAGUGCCACUAGAAUUUGAAUACGAGAAGUUCGCUCCCCGCGUUACCAGUUUAUUUAAAUUUGGUUCUUCGGGAAUGUGAGACAACCGGAAGUACGAGAAGUAGCCGAAGUUUCAUCAACAAACAAGUUACAGCGAGGCCAUAGAUAUUUGAAGAUUGAGAAGAAGCUGAAAAGUGUUAGAUCGUUAUCAUGUUUUAAAGGACUUAAUGAAAAACGAUUUCUGAUAUUUCCUUCAACGAGGAGAUUGUUUAGUGCCAGUGAUCUUCGUUUGGGAUUCUCGUCAAUCAAGAUGAAUCAACAGUGUAAGGUCUGCGGUGAACCGGCUGCCGGUUUUCAUUUUGGAGCGUUCACGUGUGAAGGUUGCAAGUCCUUCUUCGGUCGAACGUACAACAACCUCGGCAGCAUCUCUGAGUGCAAGAAUGGUGGAGUUUGCGUCAUAAAUAAGAAAAAUCGUACAGCAUGCAAGGCGUGCCGACUGCGAAAGUGUCUGAUGGUGGGAAUGUCGAAAUCUGGCUCACGCUACGGACGUCGUUCGAAUUGGUUUAAAAUCCAUUGCCUUCUUCAGGAACAGACCAACGGAAAUCAGCAUAUGGGAGGCCCAGGUGCUUCGCCUUUUGGCCCAGGUUUCUUACCAAGUUUCCUUCCAACCUCACAGUCGCAAACACAACAGACUAUGAUCUAUAGCAAGGACAGCAAAGACCGAACAUCCCCAAGCCAGGAAGACCUUGCUCUUCAAUCUCACCUUCUUCACGUAGCAAUGCUGAAACAGGAGCAAGAAAGGGGAAACAAGUCGCCUCAUCCAGAUGAUGUAGCUCUUCAAAAUCAGCUAAGGUUUUUAGCAUGGCAAAAAGAACGUGAGAGAGUCAGCCAGCAGCCUGGAACACCACCGCGAGAUAGCACACCACCUUCGUCUUUUGGUUACAAACAUCCUGUUUCCACUUCUCCAAUUUAUCCUGUUAACUUUGCACAAAAAGAGAGUGUGAUACCUUCCAGUCCACCGGAAGUUUUUAGACCCUUCUUACCUACUUACAAGAGGGCAGCAGACACUCCAAGCGACAGUGGAGCUUCUUCUGUUGAUGGUGAACACGAAGAGUCCAGGAGUAAUUCUGCUUUGAGUUUCUUUAAAGUCAGUGCUUCACCAACCCUCUCAGAAAGGGAGUUCCCACCUAGAAAAAUUAAUGCGACUGUUACUUUAACCACCGGAUAUCACCCCCAUCAUGCUAUGGGUUUAAUAUACCCGCCACCGGGUCUUAUUACUCCAGCGGCUUCCCAACAUUCGCCAAGAGGCGGUGAUCUACUUCUAGUUAGUCCAAGUCCAGGUGGCUUGGCAGUAGAACAAGAUGAACCUAUAGAUCUUAGUGUCCGAUCUAGCAGAAAUUCACCUAGGCCGAGUCAAGUAGCUGAAGAUGUCCACUCUAAAGAACGAUGCGGUAGCGAAAUGAAGGAAGAGACAACACGAAAGAGUAAACCUUUGGACCUUACACUUGGAGUAAAAAGGCCAGCAGAGCUACCUCUCUCGCUCUGAAGGAUACCAGUCUGUUAAAGAUGGGCUGGUCCCGAAGAAUUGUUAAAAGACAUCUAAAGUGUGAAUUCGACUCAUGGGCAAUGAGAGUGAAAAUAGCGUUAUCCGCGAGUGGAUCGUCUGACGCAUGUGUUCAAUUUGUAAAUAAACAUUCUACUAAAUUGUGAAAACCCACUUAUUUAUUGCGAAGAUAGAUAGCUAAGAAAUCAAUUUUAAAUGUAAAUCCUUGUUUUUAUCCUUCACAAUACAAUAUGUAAAAAGAACAUAAAUAGAUGUAUAUCGCGGUAACGCCGGCCAGUAGAUAAAUAUCGUUAUAUACAUAUGUAUAUAUAAUUAUAUAUAUAUUUCUAUUUAUGCGAGUGGACGUGAUCAAGCAUCUCUUAAAAUUAGUUAGUUUUUUAUGCGCGGAGACAAAUUUUAGCAGACGUCCCGAAGAAUGCUCGCGUUUCUAAAAUAUGUUUUACGGACUCGUGAUCACAACACGAGGGGCCAGUAUGCGUAAUUUAUGUAAGUGAUACUCAAUGUUAGAGGACAUUUGAGCCAAUAUAAUUUUCAUUUUGUAAAUACUAUACAAAGGGAUCGUCCGUAGAUCGAUGAGUUGCUUCUUGUUUUCUGCUUGGUGUAUUGGGUUCCCCACUUGCAUAAAGGGGGAUCAGGCUACUCUUCUUUCUCUUCUGAUUUAUGGGAGUGUGUUUUUCAAUGUGGCAAGUCUUGAAAGUUUAUUUAAAAUAUAUUUUUUCUACAGACAUGUGUAUAGUCUUACCUUGCUAUUAUGGUUAUUAGCGUAUAUUUAUUGUAACUGCAAAGUAGGGUAUUAUUUGGAAAUGCUGUGCUAAAAAAUAACCCGAGAAUGUUACGGGUUGAGGUACGUUGUAUGAAAAUUUCUGUUUUUAAACUACAAAUUAUCUAAUCAAGCUUGGCAAAUUGAAGUGCACUUACCUAAUGUUUUGUACAUAUAAUUAGUGUGUAAUUGAGGUUAAAAUGAGCGGCC